GUACAAUACUGCAAAAUGGAGCGAUAUUUACGAUUUUACAUAAAAUUUCAAGGAUACAUGAUUGGUGCGUUUACGGUACUUUUCUCGAUCCUGCUAACGAUUGUGAUAUUCGAAUCGAACGAACCAUACUAUCCGAUGGAGUUUUAUUACAACUACCGCUUCAUGGGCAGUACGGCCGUGGUGCUGGGAGUGUUUUGGUUUAUUGCUGGCGUGUCCUUCCUGUACGGUGUGUAUCGUGAAAUCAAGCAGUGCUUACUUCCGUUUGCUCUGCUGUACAUACUCGAUUUGUGUCUGUUGGCCAUUCGGGAUAUUGUGAUGAUUUGGCACGAUCGUCGCUGGUACACGAUGGUGUUUGUGAACAUUCCAUCGCUAAUAGCAGUGCUGUACAUCACUUGCUUUUUGUUCAUGACGCUGAUCGCUCUGGCUCGUUUGUUCAGCACCGAUCCGAAGCCGCAAACGGGUGAUAAUUUUGUACGGUUCAACAACGGCAUCACAAACCCGGUCGUACUGGAGGAUGAAGCGGCACUGGUGGAAGGAUAG